AUGAGGAAGAAGAAGCUCCAAAGCUCUUACCAUCUUCAAAUGCCUUCUUCCAUUAAAUUUCCUGUAUUUACAGAAACCAACCUCGGCACCCGCAUUGCAAUAUCUACUCCUCCAGAUAUUACUACUGUAGACCUCAAAAGAUCGGUUGAUGCCAUCGACAGGCCACCCAAUGCCAUCAAGCAGAUGUUGAUGCCAUCUACAGAUACUCGAUCCCAUCGGAAAAAUCUGGAAAAUUCCGUGUUGGUUGCUGGAACGUUCCUUCUCAGUGCAAUCUUUCUAUGGAUCCCUCACCCUCCCUCCCUCGUUAGUGAGAUGUUGUCAUACAUGAGAUAUUUGGUUUUACAGAGUGUCUCCAAAAGUUGUUGCUUUUAUGUGAUGGGAAAACCUGGGAGGGAGCACUACCUUUGUUUUCCAAAUCUUGGAGAGGUCAAAGUUCAUGCAUUGAUGGUGAAGCGGAAGUCAUGUUUUUACCACCUUCCAGAGUCACUUCUGAUAAAGAAUGCUUUUCAAGGAUCGAAAGGGUCUUGGUUUCUUCGAAUGAGUGCAACUCAGGUCCAGCAUAUACAUAGUCAAUUAGCGCCCACAACUGAUAUCAGCAAUGCUAUGGUUGGUCGAAAAGACAGGAUUUCUCAAUCGAUAAGCGGCAAUAAUAGUGUCGGUUCAUCUGGGAUAAUAUCUGUGACUGGUAUCCUCAGUAGGUACUUUUCCGAAUCCGAUGAGAGGAACAUAUUCAACUGCCAAGCCGAGAGCAUAAGAAACCCUAACGAACUGGCCGAGCAAUCUGUAGACUCCCAAAUGCAAAAAUUAGUAGAAAUUCAAUGCACCAAUAAUAUUGGUUGUACAACUGGAGUAGAAUUUUCCAUGAAACAGAAUAAGCAUAACAAGAACACGUCAGAAAAUAACAUGGUCCACACAUUGAUUGAUCCUUACAUAGAGAAGUCCAAAUGUAAUAUUGUAUCCAAGAUCAGUAAAAAACGUAACAAAACUGAAUUGUCUGAUAAGGAGAGAAGUGUUGCAAGCUAUGACGUUAAUGAUGACAGUGGGGCCCAUCAAGAUAAUCAAGAUUCACUUUUGAGCAGUCUGAGUGGAAGAGAUGCUGCAAGCGAUGCCAUUACUGUUGACAGUGGGGCCCAUCAUCAUCAUCGAGAUUCUGAGGUAGAGAAGUUCCAUUGUAAUAUUGCAACUGAGAUUAGUAAAAAAGAUAGCAAAACUGGAAUGUCUACUUCUGCCGGAGAGAAACGCUUCUAG